AGCCGGCAUUAGUUAACACGUUGGACAAUAUUCAUAAUAAGCUCCCAUGGAUUGAGCGCCUGGAUAUUGUCACCGAACCCACUCCUGCUGCAAAAGAACUCAAUAUACCCCAGGAUCCCACUCAGAUUGAUCCAGAUGAUGACUUUAAACGGGAAAAUUACUUCUAUCGCCUGGCGCAGGCAGCGGUCCUCAAAGCUAUCCCGGAGCUGCAUCAACUUGGCGUACCAACGAAGCGGCCUUCUGACUACUUCGCUGAAAUGGUUAAGUCAGAUGAUCACAUGGUCAAAAUCAGGAAGCAUUUAGUCGAAUCACAGCAGCGAUUAGCUCUGCAGGAACGUGCUCGUGCCAUCCGGGAGAAACGCAAGUUUGGCAAAGAGAUACAACAGGCAGUGCUGCAAGCACGCAAAGAGGAGAAACGAAAACUGACGGCGGCUGUCAAGGCUUCCCGAAAAAAAUCAGGAAAAGAUCGAGCAGAUGCGUUGGCUGAAAUUUUGGCUGAGCACCAGAUAGAAUAUGAUAAUAAAGCUCAGAAGACGGGCUACCACAGAGCAAAAGACGUCGCGAACCGUCGAAAAAUAAAUCACAAACGUGACUACAAAAACAAAAAAUACGGUCAUGGAGGUCAGAAGAAACGAAGCAAACGGAACACAUUAGAAUCCACUCACAGUGGCAAAACUUUGCUCAGGCAAUUCGAUCCUCUCAAACAUCAAGCCACUCCGAGGAAGGCGGAGAAAAUCCUCAAGGAAAGACGCAAAGGGAAACAGAAGAAGAGGAUGCGACCAUUCGGAAGAAAAUAAACAUGCAACAGUUGCUUUGAGUUCAUUUUGUAUUCUUUGUACAUAGCUUCAUGCUAUAAAAUCGUGCAAAAACAUCA